AUGGCUGGUGCACCGGUGAAAUUUUUAUCUGUGGUUGGAUUCAGUCUCAUCUGCCUUAAAAUGGUUGCUUCAACAAAAACAGCUCCCGAAAUACCCACUAUUGAUCAGGCUUAUUCAAAAAUCAGCAACAGUAUCACUGUAGAAUGGGCUACAGUGCCAGGAGCCACCAGUUACCUCCUCACGGCCAAAGACGGGAACACUGUCAUUGAGACCAUGGUGGCCAAUUCCCCAGGCACUGUGACUGGCCUGAAAGCUGCAACCUGGUACCAGAUCACCAUCAGGUCCAUCAGUCCUGCGGGGAAAAGCCAGGCAUCACCUCCAAAACAGGCAAAGACAGUACUGGCGGCACCUAUUCUACAAGUAAGCUCUCCAAGUUCAGACUCUAUUCUUGUGCAGUGGGAAGCUGUAUAUAUGGCCAUUGGAUUCUCUGUGUCCAUUAUGCAAGCUAAUGGUUUGGGUAGAAUAUGGAAAGAGAAUACCACCAACACCUCCUUGACAUUCACCAGUUUAGCCGCAGGGACUCUCUACACCAUAAAGGCCUAUGCAUGGAAUGCCAAUGGAACCCCUGGGGAUGACUCCACCUGCAAUCAGAGAACAAGUCCAGGUACUCCUGCCAACAUUCAAGUCUCUUUUGAUAGUGGUGCUCUGAAGGCAUCUGUUUCAUGGGCACCGACAGAAGGAGCUUUCAACUAUACCGUGAUGGCUUUGAGUGACUCUUCCAGGCUGAGCUGCAGUACAGCUUUCAGUUCCUGCACCAUCUACCCUCUCCAGUGUGGAACCAAGUACCUGAUUUCAGUUUCAGCAAGUAAUGAUGCCGGAUCUAGCAGAUCAACUUCAGCAGUGACUUUGAAAACCGUUGCUUGUGCACCUGGAAAAGUGGCAAUCCAAGAAGAUCCUCCUGGCCACCUGUCUGUAGCUUGGUCCAGUGUGGAUCUGGGUGAUUACUAUGUGGCCUUUGUGAAGAGUGAUGAUGGCUUGGAAGUACAUUGCAACACUUCCCUCACCCAGUGCAAUUUCUUAUCUGAGUGUGGCUUCACUUACUUUAUUAGUGUUUUUGCCUAUAACAAGGCAGGGCAGAGUCCUUUGGGUGAUGUGUUUAAUUAUACCACAGCUCCCUGUUGUCCUAGUGACAUUAACCCCGUGCUGGUGUCCAGUGACAGGGUAGAGAUUGUCUGGUCUCCCGUCCGAGGUGCCGAACUUUAUGGAACAAGGGCUGUGGAUGGCUUCAAUGUGGUUGAGUGUAAUGACACUGCUCCGGCUUGCACGCUUUCUGCUCUAGAGUGUGACACCAAGUAUAACAUCACGGUGUAUUCCUUCAGCGAAGUCCGGGGCAGCAAUACGUCAUGUACUUCCCAAUUCAUAACCACAGCUCCUUGCAGUCCUGAAAUCAAAAGUAUUUCAAAGGAUGACUUUUCCAUGGUUCAUGUGCGCUGGCAAUCCACUAAUGAUGAGGCCACUUACACAGUGACUGCCCGGGGAGAGAAAGGGUUGCACCAGUGCAGCAGCACCGGAGAGUCCUGCACCCUGGGGGGCUUGCCCUGCGGCUCCCUGUUCUCUGUCACCGCCGUGGCCGAGACGCCCGCAGGACGGAGCCUGCCCAGCUACACUGUGCCUCUGGAGACGGCGCCGUGCUGCUCAGCCAGUCUGAUGGUAACUCAGGUCACUCAAUCAGUAAUCAACGUGAGCUGGACUGUUGGGAGUGGGGCCCUAACCUAUGUGACAGUUCUGCAGUCACAAACGGGACAGUCAAAGUGUCACACCCAUCAGAACCACUGCCUCCUGGGAUGCAUCGCAUGCGGCAUCAAUUACACAGUGGCAGUAAAAGCAGUUAGUGCCACUGGAUUGACUGCGGACUGUGCCUACCAAAGUUAUUCCUCUAGUGCCUGCUGCCCUUUGGGGGUGAAAUUAUACAGGCUGGGCCCUAAUGGCAUCCGGAUCCACUGGCAGGCCUCCAGGGGCUCUGCCAAUUAUAGCACCGACCUCUAUGGUUCCAAAGGCAUCUUCACAUGUGCCCCAAGCGCUGGCCUCAGUUUCUGUGAUGUUACGGAGAUACCCUGCGGGGAUGUGUAUACCGUGAUGGUCUCACCAGUUGCUGAGACAGGACUGAAGCUUACUUUCUGUCCAAAAAAAAUAUAUUCAGUAACCUGCUCUGGAAGUACACUUGGAAUGGUGAUUUACAGAGGGAAGAGAAAUGUGGAAUGA